GUUGGUGCGUCGGAGCCGGCCCCGCGGCGCGCUCGUAAGAGUCCAGGAUGAGUUAUGCAGAAAAACCUGAUGAAAUCACAAAAGAUGAAUGGAUGGAAAAACUUAAUAACUUACAUAUCCAGAGAGCAGACAUGAACCGCCUCAUCAUGAACUACCUUGUCACAGAGGGCUUUAAAGAAGCAGCAGAGAAGUUUCGAAUGGAGUCUGGAAUUGAACCCAGUGUUGAUUUAGAGACUCUUGAUGAAAGAAUAAAAAUUCGAGAGAUGAUUUUAAAAGGACAGAUUCAAGAAGCCAUUGCAUUGAUAAACAGCCUCCAUCCAGAGUUGUUAGAUACAAACAGAUAUCUCUACUUUCAUUUACAGCAGCAGCAUUUGAUCGAGCUGAUCCGGCAGCGUGAGACAGAAGCAGCUCUGGAAUUUGCUCAGACCCAAUUAGCAGAGCAGGGGGAGGAGAGCAGGGAGUGCCUGACGGAGAUGGAGCGCACGCUGGCCCUGCUGGCCUUUGACAAUCCCGAGGAAUCACCGUUCGGGGACCUGCUCAACAUGAUGCAGCGGCAGAAGGUGUGGAGUGAGGUUAACCAAGCUGUUCUAGACUAUGAAAACCGUGAGUCGACACCCAAGUUGGCAAAGUUACUGAAACUGCUACUGUGGGCUCAGAAUGAGCUGGACCAGAAGAAAGUGAAAUACCCCAAAAUGACAGACCUCAGCAAGGGGACGAUUGAAGAACCCAAGUAAAAUGUGUGCAGAUGGACAUCAAUCAAUCUUAGUACUGCACAGUAUACGUUUAUAUCAGUCUGUGACUGAAAUAUUUUUACUACAGUACAGCACUCAAUUCAGAUUUUUCAAUGAACAUCUAAUUUGAAGGGAGAAAAGUCCCUUUUAAAUGCUGCAAAAACUGCAUUGAAAGGCGCUGUAUCUCUUUGAAAGUCUGACUUAGGCUAUGCACUAUAAUACAUUUUUAAGAAAACCAAUUAAACAGGACAGGAAAAAUAACAUUUUUAAAAUACAGAACUCAAGCUUUCUAAUUGGCUACUGAUGCCUAGUUAAGUGGCCAGUGAGUUAACACUGAGUUAUAUUGGCAACUCUUCAGUUAAGUUUAACUGUCUCCUGUUUGAAAUGUGUAUAUAGAACAGUGAAUAUUUUCUACCUUUAAGUUAUAGCCAGAUAUACAUUCCCCUUAAAAGUAACUGGUCAAGUUUUCAUCUAUAAACUUUGCAGUAAUGGCAACCUUUUGGCUUAGGAAAUAGUGUACAAACUUGUAAAUCAUAAUUUAAGGACUUUUUUUUGUUGUUGCUUUUCCUUGUUUCUGACUUUUUGGUGCUUUAUAUGGUGAGAGCUAUGUUCAUAAUGGAUCAGUGACCCAUCUUUUCAGGAGGAAUAUUGUUGGAAAUAAGGGUUGUUUUCUUAAUUUUUCACAAAUGACCAAAAUGGCCCCCAGAGGCGUUUGAGGGUGUUUGUUAACAGGGGCCGUUCCCCCCUAUAUUCAAUUUGUAGCUAGAGACACUGCAGAGAUUCUUCUAAAGCUUUGAGGGCCACUGGGUGUUUGGGUUUUUUUUUAAACUGUAAGAGGAGCUUGUAUUAGGAAAUUGGGGGGAGGGAGAAUAGAUGCUCAUGGAAGCCUCUGAUGCAUCAUCUUGUGCAGGAUCUGCCUUUAUGCUUGCUGAAUUGUCGUAGAGCUGCCUGGGCUGUUUUUAUGCCUUGAGCUGAGCAGAGCAGGGCUGCCUAAAAGCAGAGAUUGCCCUUUUCUCAAUUCUUCCAUACCUUUCUGAAGAGAUGCAGUUCAUCUUCACCUGUAUUUGUUUACUGACUGUCCUCACUCCACUUAGCAUUAUAGUUUUAAUGUUCUACAUGUGAAGUCCAGACUUUCAAGUCAACAAAUUGUAACCUUCUGGGUAUGGGAUGUUCUGGUUGACUGAGUUUUGCAGCACCCUACACUGGUGCCCACCCAGUGGUGCUGAGCACUGAUCUUGCCAAAUUGAGCUCUAGAUUUUUUAGGUCCUUCUAUCAAGUUAUUAACAGAUUUGCUGAACAGAGACCGAGCUGAUGGGUGAAAGAGCUGAACAUCAUGAGACACUGGCAUUUGUCACACCAGUCCCAUACUGUACAUAAUCUAGUCUUGUAUGGUAGAUAUUACCCUGUAGAUGAAACUUAGUUUUCACUUAAUUUUACUGGAAUACUUAUGCAUUAAACUGUAUAAAGCUUUGCAGAUACAGCUGACUUAAGGAAACUAACAGAACCUGUUACUGAUUGCAUUACUGUGAACACUGUUUACUUGUGUAGCUAUUUUUUGUGGGGGGAAAACAGUUGUUUGUUAAGCAGCUCUAAGAGAUGCAGAGCAACAAGGUUAAGCUAGAUGAUGGAUGUAACAAAAGGGUUUGUUCCCAUUGAUUACUGAUCAUUCUGUUCUCCACUCUGAAGCAUUUGUGGUGUGGAGGUCUUAAACUUUAUACCUAACAAACGAGCUAUCAGUAGGCCCUCAACUACAACAACGGUCUGGCUUUCUUCACCCAGGCUGGUUAUUCUAACACCAGACUUUUAACAGUUGUGACUUAUGGUUUGUUGUUUUUUUCUUUUUGUUUUGUUGUGGUUUUUUUUCCAGUCGGUUGUUGUCGAAAAACCAUGUAUACCUUUUAGUUUGUGAGAAACUGUAUGGUUUUUGUAACUUUGUUUAAUAACAAACUGCAGAAACAAAACUGGAAUAGCUCUAAUUUCUUCAUAUAUAACUGAUCAGCUUUGCCUCUGUUCUGACACUUGUGUUGUUAAAUCUCAUCUGAAGCUUCUCCCAGAUGAAGAGAAAACUAGUGCAUUUUUGUGGCAUGAGCAGCAUUUUUCUCCAUGAGAAAUGCAGUAUUUCAGUCCUGGUUGAGAAGUUCACUGUACUUCCAGAAUGCUACAUUAAUUUUAUAUAGUCUUUGGGCAAAGAUUGAGCUUAGAUUACUUGAAUUUUCACUAGCUUGGUUUGUUGUUCUUUUUUCCCAUAAAAAAAAAUAAACGUUUUUUAAGGGGUUUAAUAUAAAAUUAGUAUAGAACUGUUUCACUUUGGUUUUAUGAACAUGCCACAUUGAUAAGCAGCUUUAAUCUGUAAAGUUUUUGGUAACUGCAAGAAAAUAUUGGAAAGCUAUGCAUAUUAGAGAAAGCAUAAAGGUAGUGAUAAUGGUACUUCUAAGGAUCUUUAUAUUAGUGUAUAUAAAAUAGUUUGCAUAUACAAAUAUAAUAUAUAAUCUGUUUGAAAUAUUCUUGAAUGGUAGGGGCUGUGAAACAUAUUAUAAUUUAUGGAAAUAUUGUACACAGUAAACAAACCUCUCAGUACACGAAUGAACUUUUGUCAUAUGCAUGAGCAAUGUCUUAUUUGGUGACUACUAAUGAAUGGGAUUUUGUUAACCCAUUUUUGUUAGAUAACCACUUUAACAAAUAUUAUUAAAUGCCACUUUGAUCAGU